CGGAACAAGAGGUGCGCCAUUAAUCCUACUCCUAUAGCUACGGAAAAACAACACCUGUUGGACACCAUCAUCUGUGUGACGUGUGUGAACUCUUUGGUUUUACAUGAGACAAGUUUGAGGACAGAGCUUUUGGAAAUGUAUUCAAAAUGGUAACCAGGAAGGAGGACACUUAGAAGUGCACUUUCAACUCUAAGCAGAGCACUGUCAUGUACAGUAGAGACACUCCUUACUGACUUUUGCACAGAGUCAUGGAGCUGAAGGUAUGGGUGGAUGGCAUUCCACGUGUAGUUUGUGGCCUAUCCGAAGAGACAUCUUGUCAGGAUGUAGUCAUUGCUCUAGCCCAGGCUAUAGGGCAAACUGGUCGUUACGUGCUCGUCCAGAAACUAAGAGAUAAGGAACGGCAGCUUGUGGCUAAUGAACGCCCAUUGGAGUCCCUGGCUAAACUGGGCCAGUUGGGUAAUGAAGUGCAAUUUAUCCUACGUCGCACUGGCCCCACGACCAGUAAAGGCACUGACCAAGGCCGAGUCCCUGCCUUUCCCAGGCCCCCAGAUCCCCCCAAACACAAAGAGCCAAAAAAGGCUCUUACUUUUAAUCUGGGGCCUUCCACAUCACCCCGAACCCAUGUAAAACAUUUUGAAAAACCACAAAGAGACUCUCAAGCGCCGAGGGUGUCCCCGUCUCCUUCCUCUUCCCUUGUCCAAGCUGGUUCGUCAAAAGAUGCACUCCAUCAGCAGAUCCUUCGACAACAAGGGCAGCUACAAGCUAUGCAGGCACAGCUGGAGACUCUGGAAAGGGAGCUUGGUGUUUGGGAGCGGGCUCCUCCUCCAACCAUUUCCCCUGACAUCCUUGAGAAAAUGAACUACCUACAGCAGGCUGUGAGGCAUAAUGAGGCAGAACUGGGCCAUAAACAGUACUGGGAAAAUGAAUUUCGCUCUGAAGUUCAGAAAGAAAAUGACAUUCUAAAGCAAAAGAAUGAACUCCAUGCAGCUCUUGAAAAACACAGUCAAAUGCUACAUGACACAGGCAACCAAUCGGAGCAGCUGGAGCGUGAUAUUAAGCUGCUUUUUGAGUGCAAGAGAAAUGGUAUGCAUCAAGCCAGGCCCAGUGUUGAAGAGUCAGUACUCAUUGCAAAGGGAAAACUGGACAACGAGCAGCACCAAGGGGCUGAACUGCAGGCAUUGAUCGAAGAGACAGAAAAGGUGUUAAGGCUGGCAGAUGAGCAACUGCAGGCUAAAACAAAGGAACUGGAUGAUCUGAAUAAGGAGUUACGCCAGUGUAACCUGCAGCAAUUCAUAAAGCAAACAGGAGUCACCCCAGCACAGUUCAGUCAGCAAACAGAUGACAUUGAUUUUGCCCUCCUCAUGCCUGAUGGACAGAGUGAUGAAGAUUGUAAUUCCUCCAUCUUGGAGUUCAAACCUCGCACAACUGCCAAGCAAAUUUUGGGGAACCCACGCAGCCUCCAGAACCCACUCAUCUCCAGCCUUCAUCCGGAGGUCUUGUCAUCAACAGAGACAUCAUGGCGAUAAAGUCUGGAGUGCAAUCCUAAGGAAUUAUUCACUGUUCACUUUAUAUUAUAAUGUUUAUGUAAUUUUGUUUCUGUAUAUGUUAAUGAUAUUUACUUUUGUAUAAUACUCUUUGAAAUGCAUUUGUGACUUAAACAUAAUGUAAAUACUGUGUUGUCUUUGUAAUUAUAAAACAGAUGAAGAUUUUUGAAUGUUUUUUAACAAUCUACAUAUAUUUCUUUUACUAAAGACAUAACAAAAUAAAGAAAAAUUGUUACAAGCUGGCUUACUGA